ACCACGUUACACGGUGUGGUGCAGCAGGAGCCCUCAAAUCUUCAAAAUCCGUAAAAUAUUGCGUGUUUUAUCGCCAGAACACUCACAAAGUAGUGCAAUCUUUUCGCGGAAAACGAAUAAAGUUGUAAGCUUUUCCCUCAAUCUGUCUUUAGAACACUAAAUCGAGCGUCGCCUACCUGGCAUUCCAGUGUGCUGAAAUCGUGAAAGAUUAACACACGGAACGCAAAGAAACGCUUUUCCGGCUAGUAGAUUAUUCAUACACGAUGGUGGCACACUAGCUCAGUAGCUAAAGAAAUCGUCACCAAUCCUACCUAUCAACUGUUUUAUUGAGCAGAUAGAGUGUGAAAGAAGCAGUCAUAUUCCAACGGAGCCAUACUUAAACCAGACGACCAUUUUUUCAUUCAUACCUGCCUGUGUAUUGUACCCAAGAGACUGUUUAACAAAGUUGUGCGUUUGUCAUAGGAAUAGAAACCUUCCGCCGUCCAAUCCCAACACAAACAAAACACUGCCAAGAAAGGCUUCCACAUCCACAUAGGAACUUCCCCCAAAAACAUAGCUAACACGUCAAGAGUCGUGGUCUGGCCAGGCAGAAAGGGGAUUCGUUCGUUACUGGAAGCGUAGUUUGCAUCCUGGAGGAGGGUGUGGUACAGUUGACGAAAGUGAACAGACCGGACAACAGGUGGGCAGGAAGUUUAGAACCAUCUCCAACAUGGCAACCGAUAGUGGCGAUGUCGCCACGCUGGCACAAUCGGCAGUGGCGGAAAAGCGUCAAGAGGAGGAUAACAACAACAAGAUCGACCUGGUAGCGGACACGGUAUCGAAGCUAACUCUAAACGGUGCCAUGGGUGAACAUGGUGAAAAUGAAACGGUUUCAACGGUUGGAUCGCUGGAGGAAAACAAGCUGAACAAUAACAGCAGCAGCACCGGUGUGGAUAGUGAUGAAACAGCAGCGACCGCCAAUACGGUCGGUAACAAUAACAGCUCGGAACCGGCUACACCAACCACCCCAACCGGUGGUAUUGUCGGUCCUGGUGGUCCGUUAUCGAUCGGCAAGCGAAUCCGCCGUACAUCAGAAAAGCUGAACGAGGAUGCAGUAAACGGUGCACGCAAAAAGUAUUCCCUCGAUCUGCUGCUUUCGCUGAAGGAUUCGGCGAUUGGGCGUGAGAAACCGACCACGAUACCGGACGUUUGUAAAUCACUGCUGAAAUCGAGCCCGGGUACGUUCGUUUCCUCCUCCCGUCAUAUGGGUGGCAGGGGUGGUGGUAGUGGCGGUGGCGGUGGUAUUGGAAACAUCGGUGGGGGACAAGAUAACAGUUUGCUGCCCGCGUUCAUGAGAGGUAUGGGAUUCGGUGGUCCACCGUUUGGCGAGGGUGCGGACGGUGGCAGUGGCCGCCCACCAAUGAAUCGUGCCCCGUACCGUGGCCGACUGUCCGCGAAGGAAAUGUCCACCCGCUCGUCUGCCGGUGGACCGGGGGGUGCGGACGAUACCGACGGGCAAAUGAUCAAGGUGAGCCUGAACAUCACCGAGGAGGUAAAGCUGAAAGGUUCCGCCAACGCCUGGAAGCCAUCGUUCAUGAUGCCGAAGGUAAAAUUAGAUCCCGAAACGGAGGCAACCCAGCUGCUGUCGCGUGAGUUCCGUAGCGCACUGAACAAACUGACGCCCGAAAACUUUGCUGUGCUGAAAGAACAGAUCAAGCAGCUGACGAUUGAUACCGAGGAGCGGUUGGGCAACUGUAUCAAAAUUCUGUUCGAGAAGGCCAUUAUGGAGCCGAACUUUUCCGACACAUACGCGCAACUGUGCAAGGAACUGGGCACGGAAAUCAUUGUCAAGACAAAAGGAUCGGACACGGUGAUGAAUCUGAAGCGUCAGCUAAUCUCGCAGUGUCAGAUCGAGUUCGAGAAGCAUCAUAAGGAAUGUAAAACAAACACGGAUCUGCAGGAACAGAACGAAAAGCGCACGGAACAGGGCGAACAGACGGCGGAACAGACCGAAGAGAUGAAGAUGGAGCUCGAGGAACAGACGAAUCGCAUUCGAAGGCGAGCCCUCGGUACGAUUCGAUUCAUCGGUGCGCUAUAUAAACAGGACCAGCUCGGUACGAACACGAUGGUAAGUUGCGUCAUGUUGCUACUGCAGGACAGCAUGCUGGAUGAGGAAUCGCUCGAGUGUGUCUGCAAGCUGCUCACGACAAUUGGGGCUCGCAUCGAGGACUCGCAGGGCCGCACGUUGCAGGAUUGCUUCGACAAGCUGCAGCAGAUAUCGGAACGCAAAAAACUACUGUCGAACGGUGAACCGGUGUGCAAUCGUAUCCGGUUCAUGAUCAUGGACCUGCUCGAUCUGCGCAAGGACAAAUGGCGAGGGAAGCAUGCGCAGCACGCACCGAAAACGAGAGUACAGAUCCAGCGCGAAGUGGAAGCGGAGGAGAACAAGAACUGGAUGCUCAGCUAUAAGCUGCCCCGUGGCCGUGCCGGUGGUGACCGUGAUGGUGGUGGUGGAGGUGGCAGUGCCUCGAAGAACAAGCGUUUGGUCGAUGAAGAUGGAUUCGUGCUACCUGUCAACAAUCGCAAUAACAAUGCCUGGACCAUGCCAUCGAUUGAUCCGAAGAAGAUAAACCUUGCGGUUUCCAAACCUCCCGGCGAGACGCGUCUCGGAUCAGCCUCUAUGUUCCAGGGUUGGAAUAAAACAACCAAUGUGUUCGCAUCGCUGAAUUCGGAAGACGCGGCCGCACAACCACCGAGCUUCUUCGGUGCAUCCGGCCCGAUGGGCGGUGGUGGCAGCAGUGGCAGCAGCGGUAGUGGAAGUGGCCCCAAAUCUAACAACAAGAAAGGUGGUGGCGGUGGCGGUGGGGGAAACAAUUCCAAAAAACAUUACCAGGGCCGCAGCAGUAGCUAUUUCUGAUAAGGAGGUUAUUCCCAUCGUGUCAUCGUGCUCCUGCCCAUCAUCCACAAUUGCACACCCGUAAUCGGGGGGGAGAAACACAUUAGAAAGGAAGGACAAAAUCUUCGGGUGGAACUGCAAAAUAGCGCUGGCGCAGGAAUCAUGUAGGAAAAGCAGGACACGAAGUGGAAAUUCAAAUCGUUUGCUGUUCUUUUUGAGGCAGGAGAUCCAAUUGCAGGAUUUUUCUCCAAUUGCUUUAUUUUUGACAUAAUUUUGAAUGAGUUUGCAUGUUUUGAACGGGGCGGAAAGAGUGAAAGACGGAGAAUUUAGUAUCAAAUGUCAGCUACGUGAGACCGGAAGUAAUGAAGCAUAUAUAACGAGCAGGAAGCAGGAAAAUGUAUCUGUAAGAUACGCAUGAACUAUCUCACUAACCACCAACAUGGGAUUGCAAUUUUGGAUCUUUUCGUAUAAUGGCCAUGUUUGCGAGAGAGAAAUUAGAAAAUAUUGAAAAACUCCUCGGUACAGAGUUUAGGUAGGCUCGUCUUAUGAUGAAAGCAUUAAAAUUCAAUGUAUGUUGUGUACUUGUAAUCAUGAGAUAUAGGGGCAUUGAUCGCACACCAAUAUUAUCGCAGCACCUCCAUUUAAAAGUUACAACCCUAUACUCUUGAUACUUCGUGCUCUUAAUUGGCAUUCGCCCUUUCUGAAGGGGGAUAUUGGAGAUUCUACAGAUCUGCUGGAAUUUACAUCUCCAGAUAGAUUUUGGCAUGUGGUAAGAGGAUAAUGAUGCGAACCAAGCAUAACAGAGAGAGGUAGAGAGAGAGAGAGAGAGAUAGAGAGAGAUAGAGCACGAGAGAGACAUAAAGAAAGAAAAUCUUCCACACAAGAGUGCUCCAGAAAAAAGGAAUGCUUAAUUGAAGAGAUAUACUCGAUAAAAAAAACCGUACUACUAUAUGUAUACAUAGUUGAUUAGUUAGGACACAAACCGAUUGCAAAUUGUGAGUGAGGUGUUAUCUUUAAGAUUCCGGUUAUAAGCCAAAACCAACAGCAGCAGAAAUAGCAACAAGAAAACAGUGGUCUACAGCGCAGAAGCUGCUUCCGCAAAUACAGUUUCCGCACUGUGUAAUGUGUGUAAAAAGGAAGUGAGAGAGAAAAAAAAAACAAACCAUUUACAACAACUCUACGCAUGGGUAAUGGUAUAGGAUCAUUAUAAAGUAUCGAAAAGAAUAACCUA